AUGGCAGCCUCCAAAGUGACCUUGAAGCUUCUCGACACGAAAAUCACAACAAAACUUAAGCGAAAUCUAUAUGCAACUCAAUCACGACAAGAUCUUACUCUAGAACCCCAAAAUCUUUCUGCUGAAGCUCCACCUACGUUGCUUGAUGAUGUCCCAAUUGUCAAGGUCAAGAAGUUCUACAAGUGCUCAAACCCCUACAAUCACCUAGGCAUUGUUGAUGACCUGUGUGCCAUCUGUCCUUCUUACAGCUAUUCUUUGUGCGUUGAGGUGCCCCACGUUCUGCAGGCUGUGACGCAUGACAAGGUGGCAUCGGCUGGUGAUCAGGGAGGAUAUGUUAAAAGGGGUGGUCACAUAUAUGGUGACCGAUGACUUGGUGGUGCAGCCUAUGUCUACUAUAUCUUGCAUUACUUUGCUUAACAAGGUAAUGUUAAGGAAGCAUGUGUUGUGUUGUGUCGUGUUAGAUCCUUGUCGUGUUGAAAUUGGAUAGUGUUAGAAUUUGUUUAUUCAAAAACUGACACAUUUAUAGGAAGCUUAUAAAUGAAUUCCUAUGGUGUGUGAAUCCUGUAUUUUCCAAUCUGUGUCAUAUGUGAUGGGUUAUUUUCGAUUCAUUUAUUAAGUUG